GAUGGGAAAGCUAUUCAACCAAUGCUUAUGUGCACGUUAUUUAGAUUAUAUUAGCUCAACUGUUAUGUAUAAUAUUCAGGCUCUAAACGUUCCUGAAAUUUUGACAGUGUCCUACUUAUUGACACAAUGUUCUUCUUGAACAUAGCUACAGGUCUGGCUUGAAAAUUCAAAGUCAGCUAUCAAGCAAUAGUGCAAUUCUAAUGUUUUGGUGCGUACUUAUGAUAUAUGAAGUUAGCUUUCAAGGCUGAUUUGAAUGUUUUUAUAACUAUAUUUCAAUAUUUGGUAACGCUUGGGGAAAAGAUGUAUACGUUUCAGGCGAGGAAGCCUGCUUUGAAAGGAAAUUGAUAGAGAAAUGGUAAAAAGAUCAUCUCACACACAAUGUUGCUAAUAAAAUGGAUAUGUGUUUUGUCUUUUCUUGUUAACUAUUGUGAUGUCGUAAAGCCUAAAUGUGUUUUUGGACUUUGGUAUAUGAAUAGUACAAAGGACGCUGGGCGAAAACCUUUCUCCUUCCAAAUCGGUAAAGGUGCUGUCAUCAAAGGAUGGGAUGAAGGCGUUAUGGGAAUGCAAAUUGGUGAGGUUGCUCGCUUGCGGUGCUCACCGGAUUACGCAUAUGGUGCUGGUGGCUUUCCGGCCUGGGGAAUCCAGCCUAACUCGGUUCUCGACUUUGAAAUUGAAGUACUCAGCGUGCAGUGAUGAUGCUCUCCAGCUCAAAAAAAAAACUUAAAUGUUAAAUUAUUAAGUGGUAGCAAGUGGCAAUCCUUUAUCUUUGUUGCUUCUGAUAUCUUGUUGAAGCAAAACUUUGUGAUGUCACUUGCCAGUGUUAUCUUAAAUAAAAGAUCUCUUUGGACAAAACUUUGUAAACUCUUUGGACAAACGUUUUAUCUUAAAUAAAAGAUCUCUUUA